AUGAGAUCUUCUCCUAUCCCUUUUACUCUAUCUUACGUAGAUGUUUCUUUAUUUUGCCCUAGUUUUAUAUACCAUUUAUCUUUUCUUCCACAUUCCCAUUACGCUCUUCGCUGCGUCCGCCACAUCAUAACGGUGGGUACUCAUCAGACUGAGGGCAUCUCUGGCAGCCGGCUGCCUCGUAUCGCCCGCCAGGGUAUACGCAACUACGGCUUAGAUACUGAUGCAGAGCCCGGAUUUCGAAAUGAUAAGCUGGACCGAGGUCAGCAUAUAAAGAGGCCAAUGAACGCCUUUAUGGUUUGGGCCCGUGAGGAAAGAAGAAAAAUUCUCAAGGUGAGCUUUGAUUAUAACGAAAAUGGAGGAACUUUCCAAAGAAUAUGA